AUGCGACUCUUCCUAUCUGCGGGGUCCGUUCGUCGUGUGCGCAUCAUGCUACUUCGGGCAACCCACCUGCCCUUCGUGAUGAUGAUUUUAGCUUAUGAAUCUACUCGACGACACCUCCAUCGGCCGACCACCCGCCUACCCCCGGUCUCUACGGCACGACAUCAUGGUACUUUUGGCGGCGAACCUAGUGUCUCCAGAUGCCAAGACCCACUGCACUCCUCUAUCACUGAAACCCGUCGAAUGGAUCCUAACCUUCGACAAAUCAGCGUUGACCUGCAUGAUUCACGCGAACCUAGCCUGGUGCGGGCCGAAAAGGCACAGCUUGCGGAGAUUCUGAGCGCUGUGGAUCAACUUCGAGAGCAGGUGGAGCGCGUAAAGACUGGACUUUCCGCGCGGGAACGGAGUUGA